AUGCUAAAAGUAAUAGAAAGGGUACAACGUUCGCAUAAAAUAGGCAGGAUAGCCGCACACGUCCCCGAUAUGGUCGUGUACAGCUCUCUGGACAGGGAGACCCCCUAUGCUGAACGGUUCAAUGGCGUUCUGCUAUUUGCAGAUAUAUCUGGAUUCACGGCCUUAACUGAAAAGUUCAGUCUCAGCAGUAAGAAAGAUUACGGGGCAGAUGAAUUGACUCAUACACUCAACAGCUACAUUGGAGACAUUGUUAGCCAGAUCCUUGAGGACGGGGGUGACAUUCUAAAUUAUGCAGGUGAUGCUAUUUUGGCUCUGUGGGCAGUUGAGAGGUCACAGCUGAGUGAGGUCAUAACUUUGGUCAUCAGAUGUGGUCUCAACAUACAGGACAAGUGUGGGAUCCGGGAGACAGAAGUUGGCUGCCAGCUACGUGUCAAGAUAGGCAUUUCAGCAGGGAAACUUUCCAAAGUCAUUGUAGGAGACAAGACCAGUCAGUACUACAUCGUCAUUGGCCGAGCUGUGGAUGAGGUUCGAUUGGCUGAGAGUUUGGCAGUGGCUGGUACAAUUAUUCUCUCUCCGAAUGCAUGGGAGCUCUGUGCCCGACAAAACCUUGCAAUUGACCACAUUGAGAAUGAAGGAGCUGUCAAGGUGCGAUACAUCAAGCAAGAACCUCAGUUCUCAGUGGAAAAUUAUCUUCAAGAACUGGGCAAAAAUGUGGAACAUGAAAACCUUCAAAGGCGUUGUUUAAGAAAAGCAUCCACAUUAAAACCUCAUGAUGAGAGGGAGAAUUUCAUGCGAAAAUAUGUAAUAAAAACUGUCUUACAAAAGAUAGAUGACAACCACCCACUGGAAUACCUGUCAGAGAUGCGGCCUGCCACUAUUGUAUUUGUGAAUCUGCAGUUUGAAGAUGCUAUAUGUGACAUGAAGCUCAUAUCGCAGUGUGUCGCCAUUCACAAAGCAGCCAUCAGCAUCGACCAACAGAUGCAAUUCCACCACGGAAGAAUCAACAAGGUCUUCAUGUUUGAUAAGGGCUGUACAUUCCUGUGUCUGUUUGGCCUGCCUGGAGAUAAGAGAGUAGAUGAGUGUGCUCAUGCACUGCAGGCUGCCUAUAGUAUACACCAGGCCUGCCUCCAAGAAAUCAAGAGCCUCAAGACCAUCUCAGUAGGUGUGACUGCAGGACCUGUCUUCUGUGGUGUGAUGGGCCAUCCAUUGAGGCAUGAAUACACAGUAAUUGGACGGAAAGUAAAUCUGGCAGCCCGUUUGAUGAUGUAUUACCCAGGGUUGGUGUCAUGUGACCAUGAGACACACGUCUUCUCCAGCCUGCCUUCGUUUUACUUCACUGAGUUGCCCAGGAAAGUGCUGAAGGGUGUAUGCCACCCAGGGCCCAUAUAUCAGUUCAUGGGCAACAGACAGCAGAUGCUUGUUGGUAAAGCACCCAUGUCAUUCCAGAGAAGAGAGGACUGUCCACUCCUGGGACGUCAAAAGGAGUUGGAAGUUUAUUUCCAAGGUUUGAAGGAUUUCCUGGAAGCAAGGAGCUCUGUUGCUAAGACAUACAAUAAGGUAAUAAUUUUUGAAGGAGCUACUGGCUAUGGAAAGAGCCACCUGCUGGCAGAAAUAGUUCACAGAGCCUCCAAGGAGAAAGUUAGGGUAAUGUCCCUUGAACUGACAAAGCCAGACAUCAAGCAAUCAAACUACACUCUUCAGACAGUACUGGCUCUGCUGCUUGCUAUUCAGACCUGCCAGGGCUAUGCAGAGCGAGAAAGGGUCAUCCUUUCAAAGAUCCAUGAUCCAGAACUCAGAGAAAAUGUCUGCUUUCUCAACGACAUCCUUAAAGUCAAGUUUCCACUCUCACUCACAGUGUCAACCAUGGAUAGUCAAACUAAGAGCAAGGAGAUGAGGAAGUACUUUCUGCAGCUUUUUUGCAAGCUGGCAGAGAAGGAGCCGUGUGUGUAUGUGAUAGACCAGGCUCACUUUGUGGACCAGGCAUCAUGGAGCUUUCUGCUUGAAGUGUGUCAGCAGGCCUCUCUGCUAAUGUUUAUGGCUCUGCUGCCUCAAGCCAGCCCCGACGGUCUUUUCCCUGACAUGGAGCGUAUCAUUCGCUUGCCUCACACCAUCUACCUUAAACUGCCAGUCUUGGAGCCGCCUGUCAUCGCCCAGCUCGCCUGUCAGAUGCUCUGUGUGGUCCACAUCCCAGACGAAGUAAAACUGUUCCUAGUGGAGAGGAGUCAUGGAGUACCAUACUACUGUGAGGAGUUACUCAAGAGCUUAUACCUGCGCAGGAUGAUAGUGAUUGAGGCCAUUGAGGAGAAGGAGGAGUGUGAAGAUAUGAAGAUCCUGUUCCCAGAGGAUCACUCCAGAUCCAGCCAAGUGUGGCAGGACAAGGAGUUCCAGGAGGAUGACAUUCUCUUAGGGUCAAGUCAGCCAAGAUGUUCUGUUGUGAAAGCGAGGAAAAUCCUGGCACUGGACAGAUCACCCUCUAAAAAGUUGUUUGUGUGCUUAGUGAGAAAGUCUGCAAAACUUGCGGAGGUUCCAAUCCCUCUCCCUUUGAAAGGUAUGGCCCUAGCCCACCUGGACCAAUUACAGCCACCUGAGCAGUUGUUGGUUAAGUGUGCUGCAAUCAUUGGCCACACCUUCACCACCCAGAUGCUGCUGGACAUUGUGCCUGAAAUGACUCAGCAGAAGCUCAACCUGUCCCUGGUAUCACUGUUCAAAUCUGGCACGUUUGAGUGCGCCUCCAGGCACAAGAAUCUCUCACUGCCCAUGAGCAAAGGGGCAGAGUGCUGCAGCAUUCUCAGCUGCUACUGUGCAGGCAACGAGCACACCAGCAGCACAGAUGUAGUCAAACCGGCCUCAGUUGCAGGUGUGUGGAAGUGUCAAGUGGUGUGUUUCUGCACAUCAUUAGUGAAGGAAACAGCAUAUGAACUAUGGCUGAAGGAACAGAAGAAAGAGAUCCACUCAAAGUGUGCCAAAUACCUGCAGCAACAGGCCUACCGCUGCCAUCAGUGCGCCAGAGACGAGUUCAUAUGUGGACAUAAGGCAGCCGUAGGAGGCAUCAUCACUGACAGCAACAAUGAUCUUACUCAAGAAUCCUACAAUGUCCAUUCAAACCAGAUGUGCCCAAUGGAAGAAAAUGGGAAUGAUGAGCAAGACUUUCUGGCCAGGAUAGACUUGAUGGUAGCGGAGUGGUAUGCCAGCAUAGACUGCAGGGGCAGUUGCAGAUGCGCUGAGCUGGUGGAGUGUGUGCUCAUCCCCUUAAUCAGACAGUGGAUGGGUGUAGGAGAUGUGUCCAAGGCAUUCUACUGCCUGCUGGAGGCUGCAGUUGCCUGUGUAUACCUUUCUAACUACCUGAGGAUACAGUUUAACACCGGACAGAUUCUGGAGGCAGAGAAGAAUUUUGUAAAAGCUCUGAGACUCCUCAAAAAAAGAUUCCCAAGGAACCUUGCUGCCUUAACUAUGAAGUACAUUUAUGAGAAAAUGAAGACUCUGCACUACAGACAUCGAGACACUACAGACAUCAAGAUCCUGCAAAAGAGAGAGCAAGCCUUUCUGCAGGAGCAUGUCUGCUGCCUGUCAUACCUGUGGCAGAUCAGCUGCAUGCGCCGUCUGCCCAAGAGAGCCUCCUUGGCCUUGACCAUGGAGACCAAUUCAGCCACCUGUAGUGCCGAGAAGUUCAAGGUGCUCUUCUCAAUCAUAGACUGUUUCCAAUACAGUCAGAUGGUUGGUGAUGAGGUCAAGUGCAGCUGCUAUGAACGCUUGCUGUAUAGGAGGUUGGCUCAACAGCCAUACUGCGACAGGGAAUUUGAGCUGAUCUUCUGCUUCACUCGCAGUGUUGCCAUCGUCAAACUGUGCGCAGGGAACCUGGAGCAAUCUGUCCAGUAUACUGUGCAAGCUCAGCAGGUCAUCAAGGUGCUGAACAGACCUGAUUUGGACAUGUGGACUAUUGCAGUGUUGUACAUGCCUCUGCUCCUCACAUACAGGUACAAAGAGUGUGUGGAGCUGAUCCAGAAUCUGGAGCGACCAGGAACCAUCAGCGUAGCUAAGGGCUGGUUCUAUGCUGCCUGCUUUGAUUUUUUGCUCUAUGCUGGGUUUGCUGUCAUGCCAUUUGAAGAGUGUUUGGCCUUCGUGAAGGAGUGUCAGUCAGAUCCUACCCUGGUGGCUGACAGGAGUCUGAUGAUAAAUCUGUACUCUGCACUUGCUCUGUGGUAUGCACGGCUGGCUGACUGGGAGAAGGUUGCGCACUUCUAUAGGAAAGCGUAUGGCAUCUAUUUUGGGAUGCCAGCUUCCAUUCAUUCCAUCAGUGGAGUGGUCAAGUUCCUGGAGUGCAGUGUCCUGCUUUUGAAGAAAGCCUUGAGUGAACAAAACAAACACACAAAGGCCAUCUACAACAAAACAGUGAAGUAUCUUUCAGAUUUCAGUCAGCGCUAUGCCACCAUUCACAUCUUCCUGCCACGUGUGCUGCAUUUGAAGGCCUUCAUAUUCCUGCUGGUUGGCAAUGAGAUGCUUGCAGAGGACAUCCUCAAGCAAGCUCUGCUGCUGGGUGAGAAACAGGGAAAUCUACUGGACCAAAGCUGGAUCAAGCAGAGCCAGGACACUUGGUCUGGAGCGUGCACACAGAGGUCAGUGGACUGGCUUACAGCCACUCUAAGCAUGCCUAGCUGGGAAGAAGCAGUGAAACUUCAUCCGAAAGACCUUCUUCAGUAUCGCUUCACCCUCACAGACCUCAGCUUAGAAGUGUGCCAUGACACCCUUCGCACUCCUGCUGUUUGAGAAAGAAGACAUGCACAUCCUCAUCCCCCCUGCUUCACCUCAAAG